AUGUUACUAGACAUUCCUAGGUUCCGUCUCCCAUUCGGAGACGGCGGAACACUGGACAACAAGACUCUAGCCAAGCUACUGGGCGGACAGUCUUGGGCGAUGCACUGGUUUGUUUCCUCCAUUCGGAGAGAAAUUGGCCUUGAUAUCGCCGGAGAGCGGGAUGCACGACGUUUGAUCCGGUCGAAAGUCCUCGCGAGGCUCAGAGCCGUUCCCGGAGAGGAUGGACUUGGCCUCCUGAAGACCUACGACACCACUUUCAGCGUCAACUGUGAUCUUGUGUCCUUCUUUGAGAGAAAACAAUAUGAUGGUCCGCCAGAGGAUAUGCUUUCAAGGGUUAUCACGCUGUCAGGCAACGGGAAUGCCGUGCAGGCGAUGACCACUCUGGAGUAUAUUCAACAGGUGUGGCCCAGGCACGGCCCGCAAUUGAUAUCAAGCCUCGAGCAGAUGUUGUCGUCCAACCAGGCCAAAGGGAAGACAAGUGAUGCGUCGCUUGGGUCGAACUCGAUAUCCGCCUCUAUGGACGGUCACUCGUUGAGUGUAAGGGUAAUCGGCACGGCAUAUUUCGUCGCCGAGGUAGGAGAGGCGCUCGGAUGGCUCUCAGCGUCCCUUCAAAUGUCAGACGGGGACAUAGGACCGAGGGACAUCGCCAAAGCAGAGGUCUACUUACGGCCGGGUGACCCUCUGGAGCAAAUUACCAUGUUCCGGAUCGACAUCCAUAUCACAGAGCUAGGCCAGGAUGACGCGAACCUCCCGACAACGAGCAACUGCUGGCGCGAUCUUUUCCGAAAUCCAGUCGUAAUCUCGGGCUAUCCAAUACGCCGAAGAAAACAGCCCGGGACUGGCCUCGAGACCUCGUUUGACAUCAUGGCCUCGCUGGUCAGGGCACGCGGACUUGUCAACUUCCGAGACAGAACAUUCCUGAAGGGAUUCUCUUCCAUGCUCGUGGCGUCAAAGGCGGAAGGAGGUAUUGUGUUUUGGCAUUUGUUCUUCAACGAGGACAAGAGCCAUGUCACUUACACAGACAAGCGAUUGGAGAAGCUCCUCAUGGAUCCUCCGGCCGGACUCGAUCUUGACGGGCUGGAAAGUAUGCGACACGUAGUUGGCUGGUGCACCAAUGUCAAAAACUAUGUUGGAGCCCCCGACGCGGAGUACAGCAUAAGGUGGUCUGGGCUGCCGAAACCGAAUCAGAAGUGCGCUUUCGACAAGGUCUCAAUCUCGGCCGGCAAAUUUAUCAGCGCGGGCAUCUCGUGCUCAAUUGGCUUGAAGGACAGGCCAAUCCAUGUCAAUCUGGACGACUACAUUGGGAUGCUCUUAACCAUCUCCACCCGAUACUUCGUCUUGUACGACGUGGGAGACAGGAGAGCAUGGCUCGUCGAUGGUGCAAGCACCUUGCUGCACCUGCUCCGGGCCUCCAUCAAGCACUACCAGGACGAUCCCCGGCUCAGGCUCAUAUUCUGCUUCGACUCGGACGACUUCGUCGAGGCAGACGAGCCAUAUACCGGCGGCGAUGCAGCGUUCAAGGCGCUGUCCAACGUGCAUAAUCAGGACCUCCCUCUCUACCAGAAGUCGCACGAGAUAUGGGACGAAGAGACCAGAAGAACUCGAGAGCGAAUUGAGCAUGUCUCGAAGAGAAAGUCGACCUACCUUCGCGUCCGGGACCGGGUCGCGCAGAUCUGUACCGUGCUGGAACAGAUCAUUGCCCACCAGGACGAUGACAUGAACGGAGUGGGCUUCCGUCUCAAGUACACGCCAAGGCUGCAGCUGGAGGGGUUCGACUUUAUGGGCGUCGCCACCAACCAAGGCACCUUGUGGCCCAAGGUUGCGACGUUGCAUGCGACGGGGGCAGGCUGGGUGGACUUUACGAGAGCCCUCCACGCCGUCACCUUGUUUGGAAAUGGGUUUGGCCAUCUCUUCCAGCCGACAGAGGCUCAAGAGUCCUGUCACUCUUGUGGCUGGAACACCAACUUACCCGUGGGCGAGGACUUCCUAGCCGUCUGUGCGACGGAGCUGGAGGAGAUCAUUAAGAUGUCUGGCGAGAAGACGUGCGUGCCAUGGCGGUUGGUCGACGACAUCCACUGGCAUGUUCCCGACAAGCUCCACGAACCCUGCAGAUGUGGCGCUCGGCGAAGUCACGAUCGGGUUCAGGUGCUGAUCCCGACAUCAUUUCCCAGGCUAUGGGGUAGAGGUUUCGCUAGUCCUUCGGCACUGGCCCCAGGUAGCGCCGUGGUCUUCGGCCACAGUUGGAUAUUGCCACUGCGCUGGAAGGCCAGGAUCAACCGUGAAGAGCCGGACAAUGUGGUGCCGGACGAAGAGCACUCGCUCCUGGAGCAGCGGAGAGUUGUGGAGCCUUCAACGACAGGACGACAACCUGCUCGCACCGUAGAUCAAACGCAGCUCCCUGUGGGAACUCUCUACACACAGGAGAACCAGCCGUUUGCUACUCAAUCUACUCCGUGGCGAGCUAUUGAAAGCCUAGAAAACCCAGACACGGACAUGGAAGAUUUGCAGGUUGCCGAUUUGAGAACCUUGGACGGGUUGGAUGCUGAGCGGGAGAAUGACCGAUCUGCGCUGUCGUCGAGCGACGACAUCUUCCAUGAGAAGAUUCGACGUAAGAGAGGACAUGGUCAACUGAGGAUGAAUUCCAUGGACACGGCCUCGGGCCAGUAA